AUGACCACCCAAAAAGAUGAGGCAUUCGAAGAAGACGCCGUUGACCUCAAAUUUCCAAAGGAAUUCGAAGAUCCACACUGUGACUCCCUGCUGAUCUCCGAAGUCUUUUUGCUACUCGAGCAUCGGCGGCAGCAAAACGAUCAGAAGGACGAAAUCGAGGACAUGAGCGAGGUGUUCGUCAAAACAAUGAAGUACGCAAGUCGCUUUUCACGCUACAAGAACCGCGAGACGAUCCGUGCCGUGCGCAACAUUUUCGGCGCGCGAGAGCUGCACAAAUUCGAGGUGGCCCAACUGGGGAAUCUGUGCCCGGACAGCGCAGAGGAAGCGAAAGCAUUAAUCCCGUCGCUGGAGAACAAGGUGGAAGACGACGACCUCGAGGGAGUGCUGAAGGAAUUACAAGCCAAGAAAUCAUUUCAG